GCUUUUCUUCCCACAGUAUUAGAUCGGUGGCUGUAGAGAAUAAUUAGUCCAUCAGUAACUUCCAGCAUGAGUCCGUCUCUGCAAACCUUCAUCACCGGACUCCUCUUAAUGUCAGCGUCUGUGUGUUUUAGUAAACUGACUUGUAAAGAAGGUCACAGCGGUCCAACCUACGAGUCCAUGCAGGCUGUGUUCGACCUACAGCCCUUCAGGCCAGCCGUAAAUCUCAGCAAUCCCACCAUCACCAACAUCUCCUUCACCCUGUAUGCUGUCCUCGGAGUGAACGAGAAAACCCAGAUUCUCACUACUUUCUUGUGGCUCAGACUGUACUGGCACCAUGAGUUCCUGGUUUGGGACCCUGAUGAGUGUGACGGCGUCACCAGGAUUUCUCUUCCUGUGAAGCAGCUCUGGUCUCCAGACAUCAUUGUUUACGAGUUUGUGGAUGACGAUGUUUCCCAGGCGUGUCCGUAUGUCUACGUCAACCACACAGGUCACAUCCGCUGGGACAGGAUGCUGCGGCUCGUCUCCGCCUGCAACCUGGAGAUCUUCAGUUUUCCUUUCGACAUACAGAAUUGCACAUUUACAUUUGGCUCCUACAUGCACACCAUACGGGAUGUGAGGGUCAGUCCAGCCCUGACCUUUAAAGAGAUGUCUGGAAACUCAAAACGUUACCUGGAAGCCAGUGGAGAGUGGGAGCUGGUGGACAUACUGGGAGAGACGUCCAUUCUUCAGUUUGGCAUCGACGAGUGGGACAUCAUCACCUUCUGGGUGGUCAUAAAGCGGCGUCCGGUGCUCUACGUGGUCAACCUGCUGAUCCCCAGCUCCUUCCUCAUGCUCAUAGAUAUUCUGUCCUUCUACCUGCCGCCCCACAGCGUCGACCGGGCCUCCUUCAAGAUGACCCUGAUCUUGGGCUACACCGUCUUCCUGCUCAUCAUGAACGACCUGCUGCCCAGCACAGCCAACGGCACUCCCAUCAUAGGCAUCUAUUUCUCAGUGUGUCUGGCCCUCAUGGUCAUCAGUCUGCUGGAGACUGUCAUCAUCACCAACGUCCUCCACCACAACUCCAUGAAGUACCAGGAGGUUCCAAACUGGGUGAGGGUGGUUGUCCUCAAACAUAUAGCCAACCUCAUCUGCUACCGCUGGCCAGAUGAUGUCCGGCCUCCUUCUUUAUCGCAGAGGGACGAACCUGAACGCUCCAACAGCAGCUCAGACCCACAGAUCGUCCAACCAACCAGCCGAGCUCCUGACCAGCAACCAGCCAGCAAUGGAGGUGUAGCUGCUCUGCCUGAACUGCAGCAGAUCUGUCAGUACCUGGGCGACCUUCGUGGUCACCUCACCUCCCUGCAGAAGGAGAGCGAGCUGCAGGACCAGUGGUGCCAUGUUGGAUACGUCCUCGACUUCCUGCUCUUCCGCAUCUAUCUGCUGCUCAUCACGUGCUACGCCUUGGUCAUCAUCUCCAUGUGGUGCGUCUGGAUCAGUCAGUCCUAAGUGGACACGGGUCGGAUGUGAACCAAGGCUUAGAUCAGUUAACAGUUCACAGGUUGUCAAAUAAUUCUAAGAAUUAAACAGAAAUUUGUAUAAUCUGAAAGCAAGCUAAAGCCUCUGACCUGUUUUUUUUUUUUGUUUUGUUUUUUACUGAGUUAUUGUUUAUGUGAUGUUUGUUUGAUAUUGCAAGUAAAUACCAGGCACAUGUAGCACUGCUGGUUUAGGAUUUAAUACUGUACUGUAUAUUUGUGUUAUUGGUUUGGUUGAGUCAGGCAUAGCUGUAAUCUCUUUUAAAUACCUACAAAUGAUCAAGUCUUUUUAAGUUAAUUUUAGGGUUGUGGUCAGAAAACCGUAAGCUAAAAAAUAAAGUGAAAUAAAAUGAAGUUAUUUCCAUUUCUUGCUUUAUACAUAUCUAUAUAUUUAUCUGUAUAUG